UUGCCUGAGCUCCACUAAGCCGAGCUGAUCCCACGUGUGGACGGAUCUGGCUGGAUCCCCGGCUCCUUCCUCCUUUCCUUCCUUCCUUUCCCCGCUUUGGAUACAAGGGGUGCAAGAGAAGAAAGAGGAGACCCGGGGAAGGAGGAGGAAGAGGAAGAGGAGGGUGGGGAGGGGGGUUUGCUGCUGCUGCUGCUGCUGCUGCUCCAAGGAGAGUGGGGGUGGGGGUGCUUUGUUUCUUCCCUUCCUUCCUCUCCCUCUCUCUCUCCCUCUCUCUCUCUCUCUCUGUGCUUCCCACCCGGCUCUGACUCUCCAGCCAUGGAGGCAGAGGGGAGCCAAGCCAUGUCAGGGCCCCCUAACGACUCGCAGCACGACCCUGGCAAAAUGUUUAUUGGCGGCUUGAGUUGGCAAACCUCACCAGAUAACCUUAGAGAUUAUUUUAGCAAAUUUGGAGACAUCCGAGAAUGUAUGGUCAUGCGGGACCCGACCACCAAACGCUCCAGGGGGUUUGGUUUCGUGACCUUUGCCGAUCCGGCAAGUGUAGAUAAAGUAUUAGCUCAACCCCACCACGAAUUAGACUCCAAGACGAUUGACCCUAAAGUUGCAUUUCCCCGACGGGCUCAGCCUAAGAUGGUCACAAGAACAAAGAAAAUAUUUGUAGGUGGAUUAUCGGCUAAUACAGUAGUGGAAGAUGUAAAGCAAUACUUUGAACAGUUUGGCAAGGUAGAGGAUGCCAUGCUUAUGUUUGACAAGACCACCAACAGACAUAGAGGCUUUGGCUUUGUAACUUUUGAGAACGAAGAUGUGGUGGAAAAAGUCUGCGAAAUCCAUUUUCAUGAAAUCAAUAAUAAAAUGGUGGAAUGUAAGAAAGCACAACCUAAAGAAGUGAUGUUCCCGCCGGGGACAAGAGGAAGGGCUCGUGGAUUACCCUACACCAUGGAUGCUUUUAUGCUAGGCAUGGGCAUGUUGGGUUACCCAAAUUUUGUCGCCACCUAUGGCCGAGGAUACCCUGGAUUUGCCCCCAGUUACAGUUAUCAGUUCCCAGUGCUUUCCGUGGGAUCUUCAAUCAAACCCAGUUACCCAGCCCUAUUACCAUAUUUAAAUGCAAGUUUCCCAGCAGCAGCCUACGGACCGGUAGCAGCCGCGGCGGUGGCAGCAGCAAGAGGAUCAGGUAGGGGGGGCCGUGGAAGAGGCAGCUACAUGGCAUACCCGCAGAAUGCAGGGCCAGGGAUCCCCGAUUACGGUUUCUAUUCUCCGCCCGGUGACCUACGGGCUCCAUUAUCGUACGCGGACUAUGGUUCCAUGGGGCCUCGGGUGGCUCAGAUGCUGCGUAGCGAGCACCCUGCGUCAGCGAGUAACUCCCCCCUCCACCACCUUCCCAGCCCGGAUCAGUUUAAGAGCCCAGUCUUGAAUAGCUACAGUGCUCAACCGAAUUUUGGCGCACCCGCUUCCCCGGCAGGCUCCAACCCGGCCCGGCCCGGAGGCUUCCCAGGGGCAAACAGCCCGGGCCCCGUGGCAGACCUCUACGGGGCGGCCAGCCAGGACUCCGGCGUGGGCAACUACAUAAGCGCCGCCAGCCCCCAGCCGGGCUCCAGCUUUGGCCACGGAAUCGCCGGGCCUUUGAUUGCAACGGCUUUUACAAAUGGAUACCAUUGAAACGUUACACAGGGUUGGUUGCCAUCUCACUUGGAGAGUAUAUCUGGAUGUCCAGGCAAGACGGGAAGAAGUUUCUGAAUGGUUCCAUGUUGAGGUGACACGUCAUCAGACUUCAAGCAUCGCAUUAUCCCCAAUAACCCACACAAACUGGAGGUGGCACUCGGCCAAUUUGGCUUGUCCAAGAUCUCUAUCAUCUCAUGAACGGGCUGUACUAUAGAACAACAGCUUUUGAAAACAAAAAAAAAUGUAUAUACAUAUAUAAUCCAUUUUCUUCAUUUUAUUAUUUUUCUUGAUGUUUUUCCCCCUCCUUUGAAUUCUAUUUUAAUCACAUUUUUGGUAGUAUUUUGACAUAGGCUUAGUCACGUAGAUCACGUAGAUCGGCUACUUUUAUGUAUUUUAGGAAAAACCUAACCAUAAUAUAACUGUUUAUAUAUUAAGGAUUUCUUUGCUUUGCUUUUUAAUCUCCCCACCCCUUUCCUUUCUUUUUCUUUUUUGUCGCGUAAAAGAAGCUGAAAAUGGUGACAUUAUUUUUUUUUUCAGUGGACUGGUACCAAUUUUGAAGCUGGGGGCUGUUGGGGGGGCAUUUUUUCAGGUGGAAUUUAGCACACACUGAACCUAGAAGUAGAGCAAGCAAGACAAGUGAAUGGAAAUAUUCUAUUUUAUGCUGGAUGGGGAAUAGCAGGCUGGCUCAGUAGCAGAAUCUCUAGCAGUUCUUUCUAUUAGUUAACCUAAUUAUAUCUAUUUUCGGCAAUAAGGCGAGGACCACGAAGUUUCUUGGGGUCCUUUUUUUCUAUAAGUGCAUUUUCUGUUGUUUGAAAAAAAAAAUAGAGGCGAUAAGGAUUUUUUGAAACGGUGACUUCUCAAACAGGAAUAAAUACUGUAAAUACAAUUCCAUUAACUUACAUAUAAACUAUUAAAAAGAGAGAGAGAUGCAUAAUAUUUUUGUGACGAGAGUCAGACUAAGGCAGUUUCUGUACCGAACUCGAGACGAAGAGCCCACGAUCAACCAGGAUCUCCUCCAUUCGGGUCCUUGGAUCUUGUUCGUCUUGUCGGCAAAGUUUUCGAUGGGAUUGUGCCGUCAGGUUUUUAAACUUUUUGAGAUCAACUGCUGGAGCUGGUCCGUGGCAGUUAGAUUGACCCUGUUUCGCUUGCUCCGUAGGUGUGUCAAACCUUAUAACUGUACUAGCGCCAUACCAGCAUCUGAACUAGACCUCUGUGCACGCCUUUCUUAACCGUCUAGUUACGUUUUUCAGUUCUUUCCAGGACACUGCUUUUCCCAAGACUGAAAAAGCGAGCGUUUUAAUAUUUUUUUAAAAAGGUAUUUAACGUUUCAAGCACACUUUUCUUAAAGACGUUCCAUUCCCAUCACCUGACUGUCCAUCCAUUUCAGCGCUUGCCCCGCUCUUUGUCCCGCAGGGUUUGGAGACGGGGAAAGCCGUAUAAAACUCGCAUCCUCUCACCUUGUUUCCAUCUCUUUCCUAUAUUAACCAAUUAGGGGGAAGCAAAGGUUUCUUUUUUUUAAUAAAAAAAUGAUUCUGAAUACCUCAGUGCUACAAGUUUGUCACCCUCGACGCAAGAGAAGUUUAAUUUAUUAUAGAGGAAAACAGAUUUGAAAAAUAAUAAUAAUAAUAAUGUAUAAAAAAACAUCAUUGCACUGUGACUUGGUAGGGAAAAACUGACAAUUUCCAAUUUGCACAUGUUUAAUGUUUGGCUGUUAUGUAUAUGGUCCUCUGCUGGGGAGGAGACUUAUGAAGGAUAUUUUUUAAUUUAAUUUUUUUAAUAUGGGUCAAAUAGGCCGGCAACAGCAACUCGAAGUACAACACAGUAGGUGAUAUUACAAGCAUAACUAUAAUAGUGUGGAUAUAUUCUUUUUUUUAAACAUUAAUAUUGACAAGUUUUAUUAAUAUUUUUUUAAAUUGUUACGUUUAUAAAUUUGGUACUCUAGGUACAGCCAGAAUAAGACACUGAAUGCGACAUUUGUUAAGAGAAAAAAAAAGGCUGCUGCACUCCUAUUUUUGUAAAAAUUUUACUAACAGGUAGGCUAAUGUAGAUGUUCCAUAGACAAGUUAGAGCAAGGCAUCUUUGAACACUCACCAAGGCACCCAAAUGCUAACCGUAAGGAGGAGGGGGGGAUCCACAUUUAUUUUCACUUGAUUUUGUUUUUUUAAGAUCCAUAACAAUAAGGUUGUGGGGGAGAGUAGGGUGUUGUAUAAUGUUUAAAGGUUUUUAUUUUUUUCUUAAAAACCAACCAGGUUUAAAAUAAGCCAGAAUGCUGGAGGCUUUUUAAAAAAAUUAUCAAGACUUGAUAAUUUUUUAGUAUACUAAAAAAAUAGAAAAAUGAUUAUAGUAAUUAAUAACUUAACUAAUAAGUAAAUAAAAGUAACUGACCAGAUACCAAAUUCCCUGAGAGUCAAGUGUUUUUUUUUUUACAAAAACAGAACAAAAGUGCAGGGACUAUACUAUAUAUGUAUACAUAUAUAGUUUACACACACCGGUAUAUAUACCGUGUUUCCCCGAAAAUAAGACAGUGUCUUAUAUUAUUUUUUACUCCCAAAAAUGCUCUAGGUCUUAUUUUCAGGGGAUGUCUUAUUUUUCCAUGAAGAAGAAUUCACAUUUAUUGUUGAACAAAAAAAUGAACAUUUAUUCUAUACUGUACAGUACUUGCCAUCACAAACCAACAUAACUAAACCAGACAAACUGUGACUCCUGUCAAGAAUUUCUUGUUACUACCAUUAUUUCGAUAUAUAACUGAUAUGUACAUUUGCUAAUCCUGCAUGCUAUGGUGUUUUGUUUGGCGGGCGCCGGGCAUGCUUCCAAACAAAAGCUUUCCUAGGUCUUACUUUCGGGGGAGGCCUUAUAUUUAGCAAUUCAGCAAAACCUCUACUAGGUCUUAUUUUUUGGGGAUGUCUUAUUUUCGGGGAAACAGGGUAUGUAUCGCAGUGUAGAUGACUGGGUUGCUGUGAGUUUUCUGGGCUGCGUGGCCAUGUUCCAGAAGCAUUCUCUCCUGGCGUUUUGCCCACAUCUAUGGCAGGCAUCCUCAAUUGUUGUGAGGUCUGUUGGAAACUAGGCAAGUGGAGUUUAUAUACAGUAGAGUCUCACUUAUCCAACAUAAAUGGGCCAGCAGAAUGUUGGAUAAGCGAAUAUGUUGGAUAAUAAGGAGAGAUUAGGAAAAAGCCUAUUAAACAUCAAAAUAGGUUAUGAUUUUACAAAUUAAGCACCAAAACAUCAUGUUAUACAACAAAUUUGACAGAAAAAGUAGUUCAAUGUGCAGUAAUGCUAUGUAGUAAUUACUGUAUUUACGAAUUUAGCACCAAAAUAUCACGAUAUAUUGAAAACAUUGGCUACAAAAAUGCGUUGGAUAAUCCAGAAUGUUGGAUAAGCGAGUGUUGGAUAAGUGAGACUCUACUGUACCUGUAAAUGAUGUCCAGGGUGGGAGAAAGACCUCUUGUUUGUUGGAGGCAAGUGUGAAUGUUGCAAUGGGCCACCCUGAUUAGUAUUGAAUGGCCUCGCAGCUGUAACGCCUGGCUGCUUCCUGGAGGCAAGUGUGAAUGUUGCAAUGGGCCAUAACAAUAACCAUAAUAAGUUUAUUUUUAUACCCCGCCAACCAUCUCCCCAAAGAGACUCAGGGCGGCUUACAAGCGGGACCAGGCCCAAAACAUACAACAAAAUUCAGCAACUGAAAACACAGUUUGAAACAUUAUGACAUAUAACAAUCUAAACAAAAACAAUUAAAAAUAACAAAAUAUACAAGCAGCGUUAAAACUUUAUCAAAUCAAACUCGGUAACUGGAGCGAUCCAGGGGGGCAGUGACGGCACCUAUUAGGACAUGGGGGCGGGGCCUGGGGAGGGGAGGAGCCUCUUCCCAAGUGCCGGAGACAGGGCUGAGCACCUGAGGCGCCUGUUAGGACACACAGGGGGUGGAGCUAGAGGAGUGGGCUUGGCUUCUUCCCAAGAGCCCGAGACAGGGCUGAGCAUCUAUACCUCUCCUGAGGCACUUGUUGGGACACAGAGGGCGGAGCCAGGGAACGAGGCAGGGCCUCCUUCCAAGAGCCUGAGACAGGGCUGAGCCUCUAUACCUCUGCUGAGAGGCCUUUUAGGACUAAAGGGCAGGGCUGGGGUGGGGGCGGGGCCUCUUCCCAAGAGCCCGAGACAGGGCUGAGCCUCUACACCUCUGCUGAGAGGCCUUUUAGGACUAAAGGGCAGGGCUGGGGGCGGGGCCUCUUCCCAAGAGCCCGAGACAGGGCUGAGCCUCUACACCUCUGCUGAGAGGCCUUUUAGGACUAAAGGGUGGGGCUAGGGGUAUAGAGGCGCUUGUUAGAACAGGGGGGCAGGGUAUAGAGGUUCAGCCCUGUCAGGCUCCGCCCCCCUCUAGCCCCGCCCCCUGUGUCCUGGCAGGCGCCGCAGGACGGGGAUAGAAGCUCAGCCCUGCCUCAGAGCUCGUAACUCCACCCAUCCCAGUCCUGGCAGCCCAUUUGUGGCCCCGCUCACCUCCCCUCGCAGCCCUGCAUCUUGGACUAGGGGAGAGGCUCAGCCACACCCACCCCUCUAAGCCACGCCCCCUUUCCAGGGGGCACUGAGUCAUAUUUUUUCUGGAAAGGGGGAGGUAGUACAAGUAAGUUUGGGAACCACUGGUCUAAAGAGUAGCAUUGAAUGGCCUUGCAGCUUCAACCAGAGCAGCCAGCCAUAACAACAUAUUAUUUGAGAACACAGAAAUGCUGGACCACUGAAUGGCCUUGCUUGAUUAGCAUUGGAUGGCUUCAUCAAGGUAGCCAAUUGCAACAUUCACACUUGCCUCAUUUCCAACCUCUGAGAUGUGGGUGAAAUGUCAGGAGAGAAUGCUUCUGGACCAUAGCCAGACAGCCUGGAAAACUCAGAGCAACCCAGUAAUUCUAGCCAUGAAAGCCUUCGGCAACACAAUGUAGACGACGGCAAGGACUCCUCCUCCUCCUCCUCCUCCUCCUCCUCCUUCCGGGGUGCUCUUGGGUCAGUGAGGGGCUGCCCCCCAAAAGCCCCGCGGGGAAGGGUUCUGCAGAGCCCCGUUUUGUGCCCCAAAGGGGAGCUUUUUGUGCCUCGACCCUAUGCUCCUCGCAUUCCUCCGCAUUCAGCCCCUCUCACCUCAUAGAAGAUUCUUUGUUGAUCAUUGUUGUCUAUUAAAUAAUGUAUAAAAAUGACUAUCUUGUAAGAGUGCUGUCCUGAUGCUAGUGUAGUCGUGACAACCCCGACCCCCUCCCUCUUUUCUUCUUUCUUCCUCUUCUAGUACAUAUUGGUAGUUGUAUUGUAAUUAAGGUUAAAUACAUAGACGUAGUGACACAGAUUUAGGACCAGUAAGGAUAGAACUUUCUCUUAUUUAAAGGCAAAAAGAAACGGUCAUAAUUGUGUUCUUUUAAUUUAAUUUUGUUUUUCUUGUUUGUUUCUUUGUUGUUGUUGUUGUUUUCCACUGAUCUCAUGUGGUUUCAACUAACCAAAGGUCUCACAACGUUUGUUAAAAAGGAGAAGGAAACAAGAAAUGCUGGCAAAACUAACUCCCGGCGGCAUUUUGUCGAUUUCCCCCACCCUUUGGCUUGGAGAAAGAGGGUGUGCCAUACUACCUUAAAUGCUAAUGCUAGAUAUGCAAAACUGGAUUUUUUUAAUUUAUUUUUUAAAAUAAUAAUAAUAAAAAAGAGGGAGGCAUGGUAUAAUAAAAGGAUUUUACUAAGAGAAAAACAUAUUUUUUUACAAAAGGAUGCUCAGAAGAAAAAAAAACGGAUAGCGUGUGUGAAUAUGUUUUAGAUGUUUCUAUACCUUUUGAAAAGCCCCGGGGGCUCAUCCAUAGCACAACUUGUGUGGAGCCUGGUUAUGUUUUUGAAGCGGCUUCCUAGGCUAAGAUUAAUUUUAGUUCCCACGUUCAUCUGUUUUAAAAAAGAUUUGGGCUUUGGGUUUUUAAUUUUACGAAAGUACAAAAGAGCAAAAGCCUCAGCUGCCGCUUUAUUUUAGUCAAGGACGGCAGGCACAAAUCUCUCUCUCAGUUUCCUUCCAAACAAACAUUGCCUUGGAGUUCGGAGACAGCAAAACCUUGCAUUCGGUGCAAACAGGGAUUGAAAAGCACCUCCAUGGAGAGCACGCAUUGGGCAAUGCUAUUUUUUGUGCCUCAAAAUCCAUUCUUCAUUCAUUCCUAGAGUCUAGGGACCCAUUCAGAUUUCGGAAAGACAGUGCUAUGGAUCCACAGGAACCAUCAUGGAAUCCUGGGAUUUGCAGUUGAGGGAGGAGCAUUGAGACUAGCACUUCCCUCCUCAAACUCUAGGAUCCCAUAAGAUGGAAUCAUGGCAGUUAGGAUGGAAUCACAGCUCUAUAUUUCUGUCGUGCAAAUGGGCUCCAAGGGAAAAUAGUGAUGGAAUCACAGGAUUGUUGUGUGUUUUCCAGGCUGUAUGGCCAUUUUCCAGAAAUAUUCUCUCCUGACGUUUCGCCCACAUCAUUGUAACAUCAAGUCCUUGGUGGUAUUACUUCCUCAUUCCUUUCUGCACACUGCUGGAUGUUUUCAUGGUGUCGUAAAUUAGUUAAAUUAACCUCCCCUAAAUUUCCUACUCAACAGAUGCAACUGUCAUUCGGGUUGCUUAGGUGAACAACAAGCUAGGUUAUUUAAUGGUCGCGUGCUCAAUCCGACCCGGUCUGGCUUCGAACUCGGUCAAUAGAGAUUUAUUGCAUCUGGCUACUAACAUAGGUGAAUCGAUAGAGAGAUGGAGAAAGAGAGAAAUGUAUUGGUGGAUGUGUGGAUGGAUGGGUAGAUAGAUAGAUAUCUGUGAGUUUUCCGGGCUGUAUGGCCAUGUUCCAGAAGUAUUCUUUCCUGACGUUUCACCCACAUCUAUGGCAGGCUACCAGUAUUAAAAAACUCUAAAAUCAAAACAGUGGAUGGGAACCAACACUCUGAGGGCAGAGCACAGCUAAUGACUAACAAAGGAUGCCCCCAGGCAAGAGACAAAAAACCUUUCCAAUGCUAAUUAGGGUAAUUAACUGAAACAUUAAUGCUGGCUUCCCAGUGACAAAGGACUCUUGCCACACCCUGGACUCUACACAGAUAUAUAUUCUUUCCUUUCCUUACUUAGUUUAUCCACACCUCACAACCUCUGAGGAUGCCUGCCAUAGAUGUGGGCGAAACGUCAGGAGAGAAUACUUCUGGAACAUGGCCACACAGCCCGAAAGACAUACAACAACCCGGUGAUCCCAGCCAUGAAAGCCUUCGACAAGACAGUGAUGGAAUCUCUGCCUAUUUCCAUAAGGUUAGGAUAGAAUUGAUAACAACACUACGCAAAAUCCAGACACAGAAUUGUCUUUUCUUGCUGUUGGUUUGAACAAUGUUCCGUAAGUAUUAUCUCCUGACGUUUCACCCACAUCUAUGGCAGGCAUCCUCAGAGGUUGUGAAGUAUGAGGAUGCCUGCCAUAGAUCUGGGCAAAACGUCAGGAGAGAAUGCUUCUGGAACAUGGCCAUACAGCCCGGAAAACAUACAACAGCCCUGUGAUCCCAGUCAUGAAAGCCUUCGACAACACAGUGAUGGAAUCUCUGCCUAUUUCCGUAAGGUUAGGAUAGAAUUGAUAACAACACUACGCAAAAUCCAGACACAGAAUUGUCUUUUGGUUUGAACAUUUUUUUUUGUCCUCAGGAUGCUAGUUUUUAUUUUCUCCUACCCAAUACGAGGAAUAAAACAAGCCACGCCAUCCUAUCCUCAGUUGGAAUGAACUUGAUUAAAAUGAAGAGCAAACUGUCCCUUUUUUUUUUAUUCUCUCGUUCUGCGUAACGUUCCUUUUAAUUUGAAUUUCGUAGCUUUGGACUUUAAGGUAGCAUGGCUCUUUUGCUGUAACCCCCCCCCCCCUUUGUACAGCAGUAUAUACACAAGCUAAUGAAUGUGACACAUCUUGCUAGGCUAGUUAACUCAUUGGGUAACUGUUGGUAAAUAAUAAUGACCUGAAAGGUGUAUAGAUUUUUUAUUUCUCCUCCUCCUCUUCUCCUCCUCCUCAUCCUCCUCCACCAGCUAUGAAUCCCUGUAUGGCUCUUUCAAUCUUGAGUAUGAAUGAGGGCUAGGGACGCCAGCCACCCAAACCAUCCUGUUCCAUUUGCCAUCCAAUUCAAUGCAAACACACAACAAGACUAAAGCAAUAUAGUUUUACUACAUUUCUUUUUUCUCAAAGGCCAGCCAUGGUUAUGUAAUAAUAUAUAUAUUGCAUAUGAAAUUGUUUACAAAAAAAAAAACACUAACUACUUAUUUUUUAUUCUUGGGUGUAUUUGUUUGGAAAGCUUUUCUUAUUGUUUUGAGGUUGUUGGGUUGUUGUUGUUUUGUUUUCCUGAAAAGCAAAAUGGUUGGGAAAAAAAAGCAAACCGAAGCUGGUCUAACUAUGUUUCGAGUGACAGGGGGCCUUAGACACACCAGCAGAUUCACAAAAGAUCUGCGUCGAUACACUGUAGAGUUUCAUAAAGUGUGCAGAAUCCAAUUCCAACCCAUUCCUUGCGGCGUGCAAGCACUGCGUGAGAUUCUGCCAGCUAAGCAAUACUUUAAUACUGUAAUUUUUAAAAAUUACCAAAAAAUAAAAAAUAAAGGAGUUCAAAAUUGAAGCUAUUUGUUCACCAGUUACCAAACAAUCAGAAUGUAUUGUCUUGAAAACAAACAGGAGUCACCCGUGCUAUAUAACCUGUGUUCUGUACAUAACGCCAACGCCGCCAUGCGUGGGACGUGAGUGUCAUUUUGAAUCCUAGUGAUAAGCAAAUAAUCUCACUGUAUAUGUUGUACGCGUUUUGAAUUCCAUCAGUAAAUUCAAUACAAAGUCUUGGCAUUUUUUCAGGUGGUUCUCAAUGUACUUAAUCAACAAAGACACAGUGGCCAGGCCUAGCCCUUUCCUUUUAUAUUUUAGUAUGAACUGAUGCGAACUUUGGUAGUGACUUUUUAUAUACAUAUAUAAAUAUAUAUAUAUACAUACAUAUAUAUAUAUAUACGUGUAUCUAUAUAUAUCAAGCAUCUUUCAGGUCUCUGUGUAUGGCUUUCCAAAGCCCUGUUGUAAAAUACUACAUGGAUGGGGGUCUCUCACAUCACAGAUGUGGAAAGUAUAAUUUUAUAUUUGUAUUUUCAAAUAAAUAAGUUUGUGAAAGGUUUCCAUCCUCUACUGUGGUCCAGAAAAUCAAUGUGUUUGUCUCAGAAAAAAAUAAUAAAAAUAAAAAAAUCUGUUUUGAA